GUCACAGCUGUGUCUCCUCCUUGCGGAGACUCCGACACGGCAGAAUACGGGGUACUUACACCUAGACCGCCACGAGCAUGCUUGCCAUCCAUAACUAAUCCUCUCAUCGACCCCCACUAUGUCUCCUAAACGACAGUCGGCCGUCGCUCGUUGGUACCACAAAGUCGCGGACUUCAAUGUUGAAACACUCUUCUCACGGAAGCGACAGCCAGGGCCCAAGCGAACAGUAUACGUUAACGAGCCAUUGCCUGGCGAGUUUUUCACCAAUAAGGGCAAGAUUCAAUCCGAGCAUGUCUAUCCCUCAAACCAAGUCAUCACCUCCAAGUACACCCUGAUCACCUUCGUUCCGCGCAAUCUACUUGAACAGUUCCGCCGAGUCGCUAACGUGUUUUUUCUGGGAAUUGCGAUCCUGCAGUUCUUCAGCGAGUUCUCCACCAUCUCGCCCGGCCUCGUUAUCUUCCCGUUACUGGUUAUUCUCGCUAUCACGGGGGGCAAGGAUGCAUAUGAAGAUGCAAAGCGACAUCAGUCGGACAGCCGAGUCAACCAAAGUCCUGUACUCGUCCUCGACGCCGAGGGAUGGGAGAACCCGAACCGCAUGCAGCCCAGGAACCGCACUUUCGUCAGGGGUCUGCGCACUAAGAAGUCUCUGGAGAAAGAUGCUGCGGCUGGGGCUGCUGCUGCUUCAUCCGACGGGGAUGACGACGGCGGAUGGAAGGUGGCCCGGUGGGAAGAUGUGCGCGUGGGGGAUUUUCUGAAGAUCGCAGAGGAUGAGCAGGUUCCCGCGGACAUCCUCAUCUGCGCGACGUCAGAGGACGAGAAUGUGGCAUUCGUCGAGACGAAGAACCUGGACGGAGAAACCAAUCUCAAAUCCCGCAACGCUGUUCCCGAGCUCACGCAUCUGCGCGAUUCGGCGGCCUGCGCUGCACCGGAGAACGCGUUCCACGUCGAUUGCGACCGCCCGGACAAUAAUAUGUUUCGGCUUAAUUGCGCGGUACACCUCAAAGAUGGGGCGGUUCCUGCUGAUUUGACCAUGACCCUGUUACGGGGGACGGUCCUCCGAAAUACGCGAUGGGUCAUCGGCGUGGUGUUAUUCACGGGCGAGGACACAAAGAUCGUGCAGAAUUCUGGUGGAGCGCCGAGUAAGCGGAGUAAAGUGGAGCGCCAGAUGAAUCCCCAAGUCGCUUCAAAUCUCAUUCUUCUGGCCGUUAUGGCAGUGGUCUGUGGGAUUGUCGAUUCUCAGCUGGAGAAACGUGACUACCCGAGAGGGGCUCCUUGGCUAUUCGACGAUGACAGAAGCAACGACAAUCCGAGGAUCAAUGGGCUCAUCACAUGGGCAUUUGCUCUCAUCACUUUCCAGAACAUAGUCCCCAUUUCGCUGUAUAUUUCGAUCGAAUUCGUCCGGACAUGUCAAGCGCUUUUUAUCUACUUCGACUACGAGAUCUACUACGAGAAGACUAAACAAGCAACUCUCGCUCGUAGUUGGAACUUGUCCGACGAUUUGGGUCAAAUCGAGUACAUUUUUUCUGAUAAGACAGGGACUUUGACUCAAAACUCCAUGGUAUUCCAAGGAUGCUCAAUCGGUGGCACCAUCUACACUGGGCAAGGCGCUGCCACCCAGUCCGACCCCAUUCCCUCAUCUGCGCUGAACACCCGACUUUCUUCCGGGGAAUCCUCAACGGCAGUCGACUCCAGUAACGACGGCUCGCCGUCCUUGCCGCCGAUUCCCAAGCCCAAGUUCCAAGACGCCGCCCUUGCUGCAGAUCUUGCUGCAGCAGUGCAUGCCGGCCCCGAUGCUCCGAAUGCGGAACACUCUCGGGCCUUGCACGGAUUCUUCUCCGUGCUCUCCCUUUGUCAUACGGCUCUCGCGGCCACGGACGCGGAAACGGGCCAAGUCACGGCGUACAAAGCCCAGUCCCCGGAUGAGGCUGCGCUCGUCCAGGCAGCUGCCGACGUCGGCUAUGUGUUCCGUGGUCGGGAGCGUGAGGUUCUCUUGCUGCAGACGCCGUUCACGCCAGUAGGCACGGUCGAACGUUAUGAGCUGCUGAAUAUCCUGGACUUUACCAGUGCUCGCAAGCGGAUGAGCGUGAUUGUUCGCAAACUCGAUGGGGACGACAAACGGCUGUUUUUGCUCUGCAAAGGAGCGGACAACGUCAUAUUCGAGCGGCUGAAACCGGGGUCUGCGGAUAGGCUCUUGGAGGAGACCGAGCAGCACCUCGAUGAUUUCGCAUCACAAGGGUUGCGGACGCUGACUUUAGCGUACAAGAUUAUACCAGACGACGAGUACAAUACAUGGAGCCAGCGAUAUCACGAUGCCACCGUCGCCGUCGAAAAUCGGGAGGAAUUGGUUGAGUCUGUGUCCAGCGAGAUUGAGCGCGAUCUCAGGUUGCUGGGAGCGACCGCCAUCGAAGACCGACUGCAAGAUGGUGUUCCGGAGACGAUCGCCGACUUGAAGCGCGCUGGGAUCAAGAUCUGGGUUGCGACUGGCGACAAGCUCGAGACUGCCAUUGCCAUCGGACACAGCACGAACCUGAUCGGCAAAGAAUCCAAUAUCAUCGUUCUGCGCGGUGGGGACGAGGGCUCGCGAUCGGUGUUAGACCAGAUGACUCGCGCAAUCGAGGAGUUCUUCCCUGAGAGCGGGAUUCUGAAUGAUCAGGGCUCAGUCAGACCGACGCUCCACCACCGACGUCAUUCUUCCUCCGCCAGCCAACCCGGCCAUCCUUUGCGGCGGGUAAACACCGGUGUCUCGUCCAUCGUCGGGGCCAACAACGGCAACCGCCCGGGCGGAUUUGUGCUCGUCAUCGACGGGACUGCGCUGGGUCAUGCUUUGGUCGAAGAGCAUAGCAAGGACGUUCUGCUGCAGCUUGCAAUGCUGUGUGAGGGCGUCAUCUGCUGUCGGGUGUCGCCUCUUCAAAAGGCGCUUGUUGUGCGCCUCGUCAAGGAUGGCAUAGGUGCGAUGACGCUGGCGAUCGGCGACGGGGCCAACGAUGUCAGCAUGAUCCAGGCUGCUGACGUUGGUGUUGGCGUUUCUGGUGAAGAGGGUCUACAGGCAGUGCACUCGUCGGACUAUGCCAUCGCUCAGUUCCGGUUUUUGAAACGGCUACUGCUCGUCCACGGCCACUGGUCCUAUGCUCGCAAUGGUAACAUGAUCGUCAAUUUCUUCUACAAGAACAUCGUGUGCAUUGGCGUGCUGUGGUGGUUCCAGAUCUACAACGGAUGGAGUUCUGCUUAUGCUUUUGAGUACACGUAUCUGCUAUGGUGGAACGCCUUCUGGACAAUAGCGCCCGUGAUUGCGAUUGGCCUGUUCGACCGUCUCAUUGACGCGAAAACUCUCAUGGCUUUCCCUGAGCUAUAUCGAUUCGGCCGCGAGGGAAAGUGGUUUGGAUUCAAGCUUUUUUCUGUCUUCAUGUUCGAAGGCGUAUUCCAGUCGGCCAUCAUCUUCUUCUUCAUUCUGUACACGUAUGAUACGACCACGGCUCGAUCAGACGGGUAUGCUGUCUACCAGUACGAGUUUGCAACGACGAUGGCGAUUGCGGCUGCCAUGGUUGCCAACCUUUUCAAUGGCCUCAACACAAAUGUGUGGACAGGAUGGGUGUUUUUCGCAGUGCUGUUGGGGAUCGUCUUGAUUUGGGGCUACACGGCCAUCUACUCUCUGAUUUCGCCCGGCUGGAUCAGGACUCCUGUGUACGGAAACGACCACUAUCUGUUCCGCUCGGCCUACUUUUGGCUGGCGCUCAUUUUUGCGGUUAUCCUGGCGCUGGCACCCCGAUUCCUUUGGAAAGCAUACCAAUCUUGCUUCCGCCCCAGUGACCUGGACAUCCUCCGAUACAUCAGCAAAACCGAGCCAGACCACGACGUGGAAGAACUGCGACGGGAGGGACACAGCUCUCAUCGCCUCGCCGCGCUCAAGCGCCAGACGACGACGCAUUCGAGCGUGGGCUCGAUUGCACCGUCAGCCCAAAGUCCUCGUCGCCCCUCGGGUGACUUUAGAAGCGGGAGCCGGACAGACAUGGCUACGGGCAUGCGCUCUGUGCACCGCGGGUUUGAUUUUGCGACCGAGGAAGGCGGGGUUGCAAUGCGCCGCAUGCAGACGAAUUUGUCCGAAGCGCACGCGAGUAGGGUGAACUUGGACAGUGCUCACAGGCCUGGGCGGUUGCGGGCUGUCUUUUCGACAAUACGCGGGCGGGGUGCGCCAUGAUUCACGAUGAUACUUUUACGAUCUGUACUGUUAGCGUAUCUUUAUAAUUGGUAAUGAAUGAAUGUCUCUCCUCUGUGUUGCUUUGUGCUGCGCUUCUUGGACCGGCUCGUUCAUGAAAUGCAGUAUGAUAGAAGUGAAAACGAGCGUGAGCUAUGGACAAGUGGGAGCAACUAGGUACGUAGGGUCCAGAAACGGGAGGAAAUCCGGGUAACACAAGAAACAAAGCCAUUUUCGGGUCGGGGUAUAGAAUAACAGCGCACCAGCCAGCCAGCCGCUUUAAGCGGCGGGCGCGGGGCGGUUCACACCCUCCUUCAAGGCCAGCAGCUGCUUCGAACGGAAAGCCUCGUAGUGGAUUUGCGCCGUUGUCUCGAUGAGAUCUUGCAGGUGAGUCCGUGUCAGGAAAUCACGCAGGUGCAUGAACUCGCAGUGCUCCUUGUUCUCCACGUUCACGACACCCCAACGGUUUUUGCGCCCACGAACAGACUUUCCGUCGAUGAUGA